AUUUCAGGACUGAAGGGAGAAUUUGCAUUGUAAAAGUACCUGAAUAUGCAUUGGGAUAACUUCUCUAUUUCCUGUUGUGGAGGAGUUUGAACUGUAUUUUUUUAUUUUAUAGUAUUUUCUGGAUAAAUGCUUGUUCUGUGAGUAAGUAGAGGACUCCAAUCUGGUAAUCCUACGCCUUUCAUGAGCACUAACAUUCACUAGAAAAAAAAGAAGGAGUUAGUCAACGAUUUUCUGCUAUAAAUUCCUUUACAUUCGGGAGCUCAGUAGAAAAAACUAUUUUAAGAGAACUUUGCCAUGCUGUUGAUCACUUCUUGCUCUUAUUGGUUGACUGUUUUUUAACGUAUGUUGUUUAUUUUUACUAACACCCCUAGAAGCCUUCAGGGAAUAUUGAGUGUCACAGAGUGAUAAAGUUAAUGUUUACUGAGUCCUUAAAACAAGAAGGGAGUGGCUGCUUAUUUAAUGGGGAUCUAAAUUAGUGUUUUGGGGAAUACAGAAUACUGUAAUAUAGUCAGAUGAUAUUUUAAGCUAUACUCUGGAUGGUAGUUGCUUUUCUUUAAUGAAAAAGAAAAUUGCAAAGAAAAGACUGUGAAGUGUAUUUCUGCAAUGUUCUUGUUCUUAUCUACCUCACUUAAGGUCAUGACAGUUUUAAAACAGUGUCUUUAUAAUCCUGAAGCGCUAACUAUUGAGAUGGAAAAAUCAAUGCUACUGAGUUUUUAAUAUUACAGGCCAAAUUUGUAUUGAAUUUUAUUUUGCACGUCAUUAAUAUUGCAGUCACAUAGCUACAGCUAGAAUAAUCUUCUUAAGAUUCAUCCUCUGUGGUUUUCAGCCUUUCCACAGCGAUAUGAAUAUAUAUGCUAUUCCUAGUUUACUUGCUUUUUCAUUUAUUUAUUUAUUUUUCAUCCUCUCAGGGCUUGAGUUCAAUGAAACGUCCUUAGCCACACGUUUUGCUCAAGAAACUUUUGGAAAACAGUACAAACAAACUGUAGGACUGGACUUCUUCUUGAAAAGGAUAACAUUGCCAGGAAAUCUGAAUGUUACUCUUCAAGUGUGGGAUAUAGGGGGGCAAACAAUAGGAGGCAAGAUGCUGGAUAAAUAUAUCUAUGGAGCUCAGGGUAUUCUCUUGGUUUAUGAUAUUACGAACUGCCAGAGCUUUGAAAAUUUAGAAGACUGGUAUAAUGCGGUAAAGAAAGCAAAUGAGGAAUCGGAAACACAGCCACUCGUGGCCUUGGUUGGAAAUAAAAUUGAUUUGGAGCAUAUGCGCACAGUGAAGGCUGACAAACACCAACGAUUUUGUCAAGAAAACAAUUUCAGUAGCCAUUUUGUGUCAGCCAAGACAGGCGAUUCUGUCUUCCUGUGUUUUCAGAGAAUUGCUGCUGACAUCCUUGGCAUCAAAUUAAACAAAGCAGAAAUGGAACAAUCACAGAGAGUGGUGAAGGCAGAUAUUGUCAACUACAGUCAGGAACCUGUGACAAGAACCGUCAAUCCUCCUAGAAGCUCAAUGUGUGCAGUUCAAUGACCAUAUUAUUUUUCUCUGUAUUCAUACCUUUGGCAGUCCUCCUACCUUGACACAGACUCCGGGAUUGCCAGGAACUUUGUUUUAACAGUGGCCAUCACUGCAAUGCAAGUAGGGGUUCCAAAAACAUGUUGCACCAUUGUAUGUUGAAAAGCAGCAGGCAGUCUUUUGACUGGCCAGGUUUCAAACGUUAGACCACACACCUUGGAAAAUUAAGAUCUUUAUUCUUUUAAAUUAUAUUUCAAUAGAGCAGUAUAACUGUGUUUAUACAUUUUCUCCUCUCUAUUGGACUGAUACUGGAAUUAAGUUGGAUGAGACGUCCUGCAUUUUAAAUAAUUUUAAAGACAUCACUGUUGAAAGGUAUUUUGCCAAAACAUGUUGUCCUUUUUUCCCCUCACCUCCUGUGAUCUAAACUGACACUACGCAAAAUGUAACUUGGAAAAGCUAUUGUUGGAAUAAUGUUGAGCAAGUAAUAUAUUUUAUCUAGUGAUAAUUUGGAAAGUAUUUCAUUAUUAUAUAUAUUUAUAUAUAGUGCAAAAUGUAUAAAUUGUAUCCAGUAAGAAACAGUGCUUGAAAUAAAGCUG